AAAUAGUGUUUGAUUAUCUACAUAACACAACCUCAGUUCUGAGAUUCCCCAAGACUGAUAAUGAUGCUGCGUGUUGUGAUCUUCUCAGCCCUACUCUGCCUGGCUUUGGCAAAUGAGAGCAAAGCCGAAAAGGAAGACUCUGGAGAGACUAAUGAGAAUCCUAGGGGGAAGCGAGGCCACUGCCCAAUUGUCCCUUCUGGUAAUAAUGUGACCCUUGCUGCUUGUGCCACCACUUGCCCUGGAGGCUCCAACUGCUCUAACAUCGAGUGCUCCUCUGACACCAACUGCACUGGAAUCGAGAAAUGCUGUAACACCGGCUGUGGAAUGAAAUGCGUCAACCCGCAAUACAAGUCACCUUGUGUGGAGGAUAUAGACUGUGCUGGAAUCCUAAUCUGCUGCAAAGGACACUGUGUCCUUCCAAAGCCCCCCAAGAAAGGACUGAUAGGAAAGCUCGGCAAACCCAAAUGUGACUGAGGAAAGAAUAACCAAGUGAUUAUGGAUCAGCAGAAUUGGCUUGAUGUAGCAUGACAAAAAAUGGCUGAAACAAUAAACUAUAGCAAAUCUCA